AUGACUUCAGAUGAAGAUCAAGCAUUCACCCCCUUUGAAAUACCUUCAAAUUGCUCUUAUAGGGGCGAAGGAAAUUGUAACAUAGUUUUAUCUUUACCAAAUUUAGGAAAAAUACUACGUAUACGAAAAAUUGACAGGCCAAGAUCUUUAAUAGGUUGGUUAAUUAAAUGGAUAAGUGACUUGUUGUUUUGGUACACAGGAGGUGAUAUAAUGGAAGAACUAAGAGAUUUAAAAUUUUAUUCAACCAUAAUGAGACCGCUAUUCGGAAUUAAGUAUACAUCAGAAGCUUGUCAAGUUAUUGUCUCCAGAAAGCAAGUACAAAUUUUAGAAGAGAAACUAGUUAAACAUAGACCAGAUUUUAGGAAGCAUAAAAUUUUACAAUAUGGAAGGGCAAGUAUAUUUGACGAUUUUGCUUUUAUUCCUGAAGAUGAAUAUGAGUACUUACCAUUCAAUAUAGCUGAUGAUACAUUUGCAAUUGAACUGAAACCUAAACAGGGUUGGAGGUCUUUAAGUGAAAAACACUAUCCUGCUUGUGUGUAUUGCAUGCAUCAGUACUUAAAGUUGCAACAAAGAAAGAUCAAGGUACUUAGCAAAUAUUGCCCAGAAGAUCUCUUUUCAGGGGAUGAUACUAGGAUGAUGCGUGCCAUACAUUCAUUAAUACAAGUACCUCAAAAUAAUUUUAGAGUUUUUAAAAACGGAGUAUUAGUUUAUGGAGAUAGAGUAAAAGCAGAUUUUUCAAAUGUAGUUAGAUGUAUUUUUGACAAUAUGGAAGAUAAACAAGAGAGAUUAAUAGAUGAAUUUUGCAAACUAGUUAAAAAAUGUCUAUUGACCAAUUUCAUGAAUGUAAACUUUAAUGAAAACUGCGAGGAGAAACUGUUCUGUGAAUGGAAUAAGAUAAUUCAAGAUUCCAAUGCACACAUUUUACCAAAGAACUGCAUCCUAGAAAAAAUCCUCUCGAUUCAAAUGUUAGACAUUGAAGGAAGCAUAUACUAUGAUAAAUUACUAAAUAGCAAAGAUAAUAUAGAAGACUGGGCCUAUGUGGAUAUGUUAUUAAACAAAAUAGAUAAUGAAAACGAUUGUGUAUGUUUAAAAUGUAUGAUUAUGAUGUUGGCUAAUGUAGAUAAACGGAAUGAGGAAGCAGAUCUGGCUUUUAUACCUUAUCUAAUCUCAGCAGUUGCCAAGGACUGUUCGUUAAUGAUAACAAUGAAGAAGAUUCAAGAAAAUAUCAGUGACGAUCUUGAAAUCAAAAAUAUCAUCAAAACAGACUACGGCCACUUUUUGGUGAACAUCGGCGUAUUUGACUUAUAUCCAAAACGGCUGUCUUCGAUACGAAAACAUUGCCAGAGAAACAAAGAUAUUUUCAAAGCUUAUAUGAUCGCUAACUCUAAACGAAAAGUAGCAGAUUCUACAAAAUGA